GUCCACUCAGGGGCGGGGCCGAGUCGAGCCAGGAGGCGGAAGUUCCCGCGGGCGGUGGGGAAGGCGCAAGCCCGGAGAGUCACUUGUCAGCGCUCGUCUGAGGCGGAGGCAGCGCGGGACCCGAGUUUCUUUCCUUUUUUGGGAUUGGACAUUGAGCCAAUAGAACCAUGAGCAACUACAGUGUGUCCUUGGUUGGCCCAGCUCCUUGGGGUUUCCGGCUGCAAGGUGGCAAGGAUUUCAACAUGCCUCUGACAAUCUCCAGUCUGAAAGAUGGUGGCAAGGCAUCUCAGGCGAAUGUAAGAAUAGGCGAUAUUGUCCUCAGUAUUGAUGGGAUAAGUGCACAUGGAAUGACUCAUCUUGAAGCCCAGAACAAGAUUAAGGGUUGUACAGGCUCCUUGAAUAUGACACUGCAAAGAGCAUCCACUACAACCAAGCCAGAGCCAGUUCCUGUUCAAAAGCCCACAGUCACCAGCGUGUGUUCCGAGACUGCUCAGGAGGUAGCAGAGGGACAGAGAAGAGGAUCCCAGGGUGACAGUAAACAGCAAAAUGGGAAAAUCCCACCUAAACGGCCACCAAGAAAGCACAUUGUGGAACGGAAUACAGAGUUUUACCACAUACCUACUCACAGUGAUGCCAGCAAGAAGAGACUGAUCGAGGAUACUGAGGAUUGGCGUCCAAGGACUGGAACAACUCAAUCUCGCUCGUUUCGAAUCCUUGCCCAGAUCACUGGGACCGAACAUUUGAAAGAAUCAGAAACUGAUAAUACAAAGAAGGCAAAGUCUGAAAGUUCUCUGGAAGAUCUACUUCAGAGUGGACCUCACCCAACUGCAACUUCUCAGGUUUUACAUACUGGUAGCCCAGUAGCCACACUUUCUAAAGUAAUUACUAGGUAUAUCAACUUAAGUAGCUCCACAAGAAAUGUGGUGACAAGUUCUUUGGAAGGUUUUCGCAACUUUUCUACCUCCCCUUCUCCUGCCAGAUAUAGUGCUGCCAUCCUGAGCAGUGCAGCUGCUACUGUUUCUGCUGUUAUUGCUGCAAAAACCAGGCUAUGCAGUCCUGAAAAUUAUCACUCACUGCUGGAUGCACUUUGCAUCAGUCCUAUUUCCAAGCCUCUAGUUUUUUCAUAUCUCCAGCCCUCAAGGAAAUCAGCUGGUUCUGUGGAUGUUAAGGAAACAAGCAACACUCAGGAGCCUUCUCAGCAUUUGGCUCCAACAGUUGCCUCAGCACGCAGCAUGCCUGAGAAGGCAGAGAGGCCAGGCAUGGCUGGCCUUCCCACUGCUGCUGCUUUCAAGCCUAUAGGAGCCACCAGUGUCAUCAAAUCACCUAGCUGGCAACGGCCAAAUCAAGCAGCACCUUCUACUGGUAGAAUCUCAAACAGUGCUACUUCCUCUGGAGCAUUGGCUCUGGCCAACUCAGCAGUUGGGCAGCCCCAACCCAGUGACCAGGACACAUUAGUACAAAGAGCUGAGCACAUUCCAGCAGGGAAACGCACCCCCAUGUGUGCCCACUGCAACCAGGUCAUCAGGGGGCCAUUUCUUGUGGCACUGGGGAAAUCUUGGCACCCAGAAGAAUUUAACUGUGCUCACUGCAAAAAUACAAUGGCCUACAUUGGAUUUGUAGAGGAAAAGGGCGCCCUGUAUUGUGAGCUGUGCUAUGAGAAAUUCUUUGCUCCUGAAUGUGGUCGAUGCCAAAGGAAGAUCCUUGGAGAAGUCAUCAAUGCUUUGAAACAAACUUGGCAUGUUUCCUGUUUUGUGUGUGUGGCCUGUGGAAAACCCAUUCGGAAUAAUGUUUUUCAUUUGGAGGAUGGUGAACCCUACUGUGAGACUGAUUAUUAUGCCCUCUUUGGCACCAUAUGCCGUGGGUGUGAAUUUCCUAUAGAAGCUGGUGAUAUGUUCCUGGAGGCGCUGGGUUUUACCUGGCACGAUACUUGCUUUGUGUGCUCAGUAUGUUGUGAAAGUUUAGAAGGUCAGACCUUUUUCUCCAAGAAGGACAAGCCGCUUUGCAAGAAACAUGCUCAUUCUGUGAAUAUUUGAAAGUCACCAGUUAGGGGAAGAGAAGAAAUUUGAAGAGGAGAAUUAAAAAUUACCAAUUAAUUUUCAGAUUUAAUAUUUAUAUGAAAUUUUGAAAAAUAAUUGUGGCCCUGAAGGGAUAAAUUCCAGCUUUUAAAACUAAGUCUAUGAGGAAAUAUUUGGCUUCAUAAAUUAAAGAGACAGUUUGGCCUUUAUUAAUACUUUUUCCCUGUAAUUUCUGCCUAUAAAAUAACUUUUAUAAAAACCAAUUUCCUGGUUGGCUGUUAAAUUCACCUUAGAAUAAGUUAGCAAAGAAUUAAAUUUUAGAAUUAAAGACCUUUAUGCUGAAAUAAUUACUUUCCUUGUUAGUUAUGGGUUUUUUCUGUAAAAGACAAUUAAAAUGCCUCACACUUUAUCAUAAGUGAAGCAUUGUAUUUUUUAAAAUGUUCUUUAAAAUAGUAAAUAGGAGUUUAUAAAGAUAAUUUUAUCAGUAAUUGGUGUCAGUUAUGUUUUAAUCAUAUAUACAUUUUUUGUCCUAUACUAACUUGACUUCUAGCAGGAAAUAACAAUAAUGUUUGUUAUAAAAAUAAAAGAAAGUUUUUUUCUGUCACUGUCCCCUCACCCUCCAAGGUCAUCAUAUAGCUUAAAUCUCAAAUUUUAACUUUUAUUAAAAUAUGACCAUUUCUAUUCAUUGUGUAUACUUCAUCCCCAUAUUAGUCAAACUCAGUUUUUUCUUUCCCUCAUGCUGAGGUAAAGAACUAAUUGAAAAACUUUGACUCUGACAAUUUUCUUGCCUCUAAAGGCAGCAAGAAAUCUUAAGAUAAUAAUAAUAAUAAUAACAGUAAGUAGAACAUAAUAUGGUUAGAAAAUCAGGUAAAUCAGUAUUGUAUUCAAAUUUUUUUUAAAUCCUCCCAUGUUUGGACAGAUAUAAAUAGAUCUGUUUCGGAGCUGACCUACUGACUUAUGAAAGUUUUAGAGUUCUUUUUUCCCAGCAUUUUUCCCCCUUUAAAUCCAUAUUAGAAAAAUAGAAUUGCUGGGGAUGUGAGAACAUCUAUGCUUUUCUCCUGCUAACUCUCCAUCAGUAAUAAAUAAAUCAACUCCACAUGUGAUAGCAAAGCUUGGGAUGCCUUUAUUCACAGAAGUUGGUUUGUUAGUAGGAGAUCAUCAUUAUUCAAGGUAUUUUGUUUUCUUCAUUUUCAGGAAGAAAAUAGCAUAGAACCACAUCAAGACAAAAACAGCUAUGGUAAAGUUGUGGUUCUUAACUGAUAAGUAGCCCACUGAGGAAACAUUAUGGUAUUUGAUGGUUUUUUGCUUUUAUUAGGGUAAAAGUCUAUGAUCACAUUAUGUUAGAAUUUAAAUUUGUUUGGGACAGGACACUUUAAUAGUUACAACAUAGAGCAAGUCCUUUCUGCCCAUCCCUGGCUCAUAACUUCAUUCAGUCGUAGCCAUGCUUCUUAUAGAGAGUUUUAAGUUACAGUAUUUGCGUAACCUCUCUAAGAACUUUUCCAGGCAUCUGUCCUGAAAGCUGUUAAUUUAUGGCCUACCAGACUUAUAUUCUAUACAGAUAAUAAUUAACUGGAGAUAGAAGAAUGAGAAGGGUUGAUACAAAGUGGCAAAUGCAGUGCCUCACCAAUAGCAACCCAAGACUACCUCCUCACCCUCUAACUUGGAGGGAAGCAGGAAGUCCUGAAAUAAAGUCCUGGAACUAAAUUGUAUAUUAUUCCUCAUUGCUGCUUCAACCGCCUUUGGAAGGUGUGCUGGCUCUGGUGUACAGUCACGUAUCUUGAUGCCAGUCUUUUGCUUUACACAACAUAAAAUCAGUUGGUUUUUUGGUUUCGGUGUGGUAGAGAUCUUUUUUGUUAUUUAGGUUUGUUUUUCAUAGAUUGUAUGCCAAGAUAGUAAUUGAUAAGUCAUUGGCAUUUGGAUAUUUUCUUCAAAGAAUUUUAUUUGAUCUGUACUUCUUAUAAAGUUGAUUUUACAUUAAGGAUACAUUUUUACUAAACUUUUUCCCACAUAUUUUUCAAGGAGCUUCAUGUUGCAUUUUUCCAAAUUUUAUCCCUAAAAGGGUAACAUUGCUUCCUAAUUUAUCAUUUAGUCUUUGUGCUUUGCCUUUCUCUUCCUUGACAGAGUUUUAUUUCUGUUGGUAAAACCGUUAAUUCUGUGAAACAAAUAUUGAUUGUAAUCCAGAAGAAUCUGUGUUUUCCAAUAGGGGAUGCCAUAUUUAAUAUACUAGCAUUAACAUUUUAAUAACUGACACAGCACUUUAUUCUUCUGGUGAGCUUCCUGAAUAUUUAUUUUUCAGAUUGUAAGUGUUCCAUGUCGGUAGUGUGUUUUUAAUCUUACCUCUUUACUGUAGAGCAUUUAAGUAUCUCUAGAUGUAUAUUUUGGAAAGCUGUACUUGGUACACUACAGAUUAAGAUAAAAGUACAUAACUCUACAGCAUCCCCUACUUGGAUUUCCCAGUCCCAAAAUGUCAGUAACAGGCUCAAAUUUACCACUUCUCUCUAGACUUAAAGGAACAAAUGUUCUCCUCUGAACUAGCAACCUAAAACUGAUAUCCUCUGCUCAUGUUUGUUUAUGGCAUAUUUAGAACAACAUUAAGACAAAUAGAAAUGAGUUUAAAUUUUCAGCAUGUUAGUAUAAUAUGUUUAGAAUCAUCUACAACAAUAAAUAUAGGGUAUGAUUUCGUGAGGAACCUUUUUUUACAGAAAAUAGUUCAUUCCUUUUCCUCAUUCAAGUGUGAAUCUCAUGUUAUAUUUAAUUUUAUUUUAGUAUUUAGAGUUUUGUUGUCCCUUUUGACAAACAGAAAGGGAGAACAUAAUAAUUUUACACAAAUGUAAUGUGGCUCAGUUUGUCCAUUUUAUCCUCCAAAUGCUGAGGUAUUAUUGGAUUGGGACUCUCAAUAUACCUUUGCCUCAUCUAUUAAUUUCUCUUCUGGGUUUUUAUAUUUUUAAGUUUUUUACAUGUAUCUGCUGUUUUGUAUACAUUUUCUAACUCAAGUCACAUGAGAAAUAAAAUCAGCAUAGUAAUACCUUAUUGUGCACAUGUACUCUAAAUAAAUGCCUGCAGUGGUGUAGACAAAUUCUUCUGGUUUUUCUUUUUGGGUGGCAAAAAUUUGCACUGAGACAUCAUGGAAAAAGUGUCAAGAAUAUGCUCAGAUGUAGUAAUCCUCGGGAGAAUCCCUGUUUUUGACUUUUGUCAUCAUAAUGCCUGCCACAAAACCAAGCAUUUAAAGAUACUGUCAGAUUGUUCAUCUUUAAUCCAUUAUUGUACUCUAUAUGGAACAUGACCCAAUAAAUGCUUGUGAAUUAAUAGAUAAGUAAGCUCUAUUGUCUUUAAAAAUUAUAGCUGAAGUUACUGGAAUAACUUAUUAUAUCAGGUAUACAUACUAUAUUCAAACAAUGUAAGUUCUCAUCUGUAUUUCUUAUAUUUUUUCAGGGUACUUUUCCACUUCAUGCUUAAUUCAACCUUAUCUCCUCAGCUGACUGAUCUGUAACUGGGUAGGCUCACCUAAUCCUUGUUUGUUGAUUGGUUUUUUCCCAGCUGUAUUAAGAAUAAUGUUUCUGUUGCAAGUUGUAUAUUGAAAUAAAAGACAAAUUGA